AUGAGAUUUACCAUAAACGUGCUUUUUGGUGUAUGUUUUGUUCCAUGCCUUAAAGCAGCAAAAACAAAUAAUUCGUUGAAAAUAUACCCGAAACCUGUUGGAAAGAUGGAUAGAAAAUUGAUAUGUUCAUGGAAGCCAACACACUGGGAAGAUUGUUAUGAAAUCCAAAAAAUUGUUCAAAAUCAUGAAGCAAAGAAAGAAGAAGUAGAAAUUCGUUCAUUUAAUCUCCUGUGA